AAAAAACAAGAUGGAGGCGUCAGGAAAUCACCACCGGGUGACUGGAACGCGAGUAAUUUAAAGAACCAUCCUUAUUGAAUUUGGUGUAUAGGAAUGUCUGGCACGGGAAGACGGUAUUAAUAGAUUUUUUAUUUUAUUUUUAUUUUUUUGUUAGUCCCGGAUGUUUUGGAGGUAUUGUUAUAUAUACAUACGAGUCAUCAUCUCGGGAGAUGCUAGAUAUCUCGCUACUUUUACACCGGUAUCAAAUUUAGUGAUGACCGACAGUACCCUGUGGCCUCCCCGACCAGAUGGCUGCGUCAUGAAGUUGACUGUUUUCACAUGAGACACACCUUGGAUGUGACAAUGUUUUUUAAACAUUAUAAGUGUCUUCUUGUCGUACGUUGUUCUAUUAUUUAACUUGUACGACCACAUCUGAAAGUUAUUUUCUUUAGUCUUGUGUUUAAACCUUUGUUAAAUUUUGCAUUUCUUAAAAACACCUCGCUACAUUAGCCAAAAUUUUUCUGUCAGUAUUUGUCUCUAAUUAAAUACAUACAUAUAUAUAAUAUGAAAAUAGGGAAAAUGACUCUUGCCAAAGAGUCUCAGAAAUGGUUUCCAAGUCAUGUCCAAGUCACAGUUAUUCAGGCAAAAGACCUACAAGCCAAGGGCAGAAAUGGUACCAAUGAUGCAUAUACCAUUAUUCAACUUGGGAAGGAGAAGUACUGUACAUCUGUUUCAGAGAAAACACUGAAUCCGGUUUGGAGAGAAGAAGCUUCUUUUGAGCUCCCUGGUCAACUUCUUGAGGAAAACCCUGAAAUACAUGAACUUACUCUGAUAGCAAUGCACAGAUCAUUGGUGGGUAUUGAUAAAUUUCUGGGUCUGAAGACCAUUAACCUCAAUGAAAUCUUUGUCAGCAAGGAGAGACGGAAAACCGAUUGGUUUAGCUUGGAGUCCAGGCCAGGCAAGAAAUGGAAGAAUCGAGGACAAAUUCAGAUCAGCAUCCAAUUUGUGAGGAAUAACUUGACUGCCAGCAUGUUUGACCUCUCAAUGAAAGAAAAGACUCGCUCGCCUUUUUCUAAAUUCAAGGACAAAAUGAAGGGCCGUAAGCACGAUGGACUCUUUUCUGACGCUUCUUCUGCUAUUAUAUCACGCUCAUCCUUCUGUGAGGUGGGGUCCCAUUCCAGUACUGGGAACCAUCAGCUGAAACCCAAGAAAAAGCGUUCCCAGUUGCUUGGCCCACAGAAGCUCUCUGCUGCCCACUCUAUGUCUGACCUAAUGCAUUUCCAACCUAAGGUGGACCCCACGAAAAAAACAGAAAACAGAGAUAUAACUGAUGAUGUGUCACAGAAGUAUGCAACCAUGCCACGCAGUCACAACCCUUUUGAAGGUGAGCGAUCAGUGAUAUGGGAUAAUCCUGACUGGAAAGAGAAGAAGGACAAAGUCAGUCUGCUGGAGUGGGUGACUGGAAAAAAAGAUGAUGGCCAAUCCUGCAGUUCCGGUGACCUUCGCUGCUCCAACCCCUUCAGCAACGAUGCACAGGGUGAUUCCAAUCCUUUCAUUCAGCACUACAAAUUAAGUGGUAACCUUAAACAGCGUAAAAAUAAGGAGGACAUCACUUCGGGCCAAAAACCCUCUCUACUUGAGGAAGAAAACCACGACAAGAACAAUGACACAAUUAAAGUGCACGGGGACUUAUACCAGAACUUGUCCUUUGACGAGGUGGUAAAGGAACUAAUUAAACACAAGGAGGUGGUGAAGAAGAAAGAUGCCCACAUCCGGGAACUAGAGGACUACAUUGACGAUCUACUCGUUCGAGUAAUGGAGGAGACACCCAGCAUUUUAAGGAAUCCAUAUGAACCAACCAAGAAAGCAGAAAAGAGAUCCUGAAAGUUAACAUAUGUCUACAUACAUUGUAAGGAGCAGUACCUGGACUUACACUAGGAAUAUUUUACACUAGAAAUAAAUGCUUAUUCUAGUCGGAUCUGUAGUAUAUAAAGACUAAAAAAAUGCUUGUUAGCCUUGAAUAAUUUAUUUCAUAAUGACACAUUUUUUGGGACCGCAGCGUAUCACUACAGGACUGAUGCCAAUAAAGUGUUUCUUUCUAAUUCUUAUACCUACUUCUAAGGAUGCAGGGAAUAAAUAAAGGAAACAGAAAACAAUGGGCAUAUACAGUAUAGGUUUAAAAUUAGUAUCUCUUGCACUUCAAAAUGUCCAGUGUAAAACUAGGCAAUUAUGAACUUCUGGUACUACAAAAAAUGCAUUUAUUUGUUAGACGAUAUUUAUCGAAUGAUAGUCAGGGAUAUUUUUAUGGGAGGGUGUAGAUACUGAGAUGUGGGAUUUAAUCCUUCACAUUUAAACGUAAAAAUAAAAAAUACACCAUCAAUAAAUGCGUAGUGUUGGACUUUCUAGAAGUAUAUUUAUUAGAUUCUCAAGAUUCUCUCUUCAGCUCUUUACUCUGCUGCUGUUCACUCGGGAAAAUGUGUAUUCUGGUUUUUAAUUGUUUUAUUUUCUAGUAAAAAAAAAUAUCUAGCUAGAUCUACUUCAUUGUGAAAUUACAAAUCACACGAUCUGGAAAAAAAACAGUGUUUACUUUUGUUAUAAUUGUGUAUUUAGUUGUGUGAUUAUUACGUUUUGUGUCUUACACUGUUGUUUUUUAGUAAAAUGCAGGUUUGUGGGAGUUUCUUGUUCUUUGUUGCAUUAAAAAUAACAAAAACACAGGGUUUUUUGUACUUUCUACUUCACUAGCAGAAGACGUGUUUGUGCAGCUGCUCCACAGACAUCUUUGACAGUGUCGUCUUUGUUUCAGAUUCCUUAUCUUCCUGUAUAGUUUUAUAGCUGUAUUUUGUUCUGAAAUCUUAAUUUCUUUUCUGACUCUUUUCAUUAUUUGAAUCAUGUUAAUAAACCUAAAUGUUUUAUUUGCUUUUCCAAGACUUUGUGUCUGUGUUUUUUUUUUU